GCAAAUAAGAACACCAUGUUGAAAGCAGCGCUGUGUAUUCUGAUCGCCUGGCUGGCUGUAGUUAUACCGGAAGUAGCCGGUGAUACGUGCAAGCGCUACAUAGUAAACGGAUGUAGCAUCCCCGGUAAACUCCCUUUUUUCUACAAGAAACGAUUCAUGGCCGCUUGUAACAGACAUGACGUGUGUUACUACUGUGGCAAGACCAGAGGUGUGAGUCGGAAAACCUGCGAUCGUGACUUCCUCUCCAACAUGAAGAAAACGUGUCGUUGGUACCUUCCCUACUGUCGAUCAACUGCCUUUGUUUACUACAUGGCCGUCAGGGCCGGUGGGUCUAAGGGAUACAAUAAGCCGCAGCAAUGGUGGUGCGGCCAGAGUUGGGUCCCCGGUUGCAUGAAAUAGGACAAUACUUCGGAAGUAUGUCCGUGAAAAGAGGGAGGUAACUCCCAGUUUUGUUUUCUGUGGAGAAUAAACUGAGUAACA